AUGGCAUCGAGCUAUGAAUCCGUUGAAAUGAGCACAGCUUCUGUGGAGAAAGUUUUGGAGUCAGUGAUUUUGCAGGUGUCUUUGUUAGAUGCAAUUGAUGGGGCUGAAAAUCGUCCGAAAGGACUAUCGCGCAAUAAAGAUACUAUUAUUGACACAAUCGGGGCUGCAAUAAGGGAAUUAAUAAAGAAAGGAGAAGAAGUUGCUCAAAAACAUUCUGGUGUAGCAGAAAAUUUUCAAGUUUCACUGGCUGAUAUCCGAGUUAUUGGAGAACACUUCCAUAAGUCAGUGGGUUUAUUUUUGGACAAUCCGGCAGAUGAAGGAAUGCGCGAAGUACUUUCACAAGCUGCCCGUGGUCUCCUAUCUUCUGUGACUCGGAUUGUAAUACUUGCUGAUUUGAUUGAUGUUAGCCAACUUCAGAAUUGCCUUGAAAGCAUCAGACGUGACGCAGAAUGUCUAGGCCUUUUAACCGACGAAAGAGCGAACCUUUUGCAUCCCGAUAUGGCGACGGUGGAUGCUUGCCGCAGCUUUGCAGUUAGUUUUACAUGUGAGGCUGUAAGUCAUUUGGAGUAUCUAUGUGGCAACUCGCGCGCUCAGGAAACGCUUCCUCCCUUACACGGUCAAGCUUUAUCGCGACUGAUGAACGAACUUGUGAGUUAUGUAACUAAAUUGACUAGCGAAAUCUCAGCCUUAGUACAAGCUGCUGGCUUGGUGGAUCAGCACCAAACCGAAAUAUUUCGUCUUGUUCAACAGCUUGACGAAGCUGUUAAUCGGUUUAUUGAAGCCUGGGAGUUUGAGACUUCAACUGGUUUGCGAAGCUACCUAAAACCCAUUGACGAUGUCUGUGGACAAAUCCGUUCGUUAAUAUCAAGAGCUGCGAUUACGCUGUGUUCAGCAGCUUUCGUUUCUAAUGACUCAGUUCUCAGACAAAUGGAGGAAUCUUCCAAGUGCACUAACGAAGAAACUUUAGUAUCAGCUGUUACAGCGAUUCAGCAACAAACGUCAGACCUUAUCGACGCCGCUUUGUGCCUUUGUGGCCUUUCAAAUGAUGUCAAUGCCGUACGGUUUGUGCGGGUUACAGCCUGCGCUUUGGAGCGACUUACUCCCCAAAUGAUCAAUGCUGCAAAGGCGUUUGCAUUAAGGAAUCAGACGUUAAUUAUCAAGGAAAACUUCUCUCUCUUCCUUGGUGCCUACAAGUUUUUGGUACAAAAGCUUCGUGCGGGAAUGGACAACAUGACGGACGAAUCUGACUUUCUGGAGACCUACGAAAAAUUAUUGCAAGGUGACAUUCUGGCGUGUCAAGUAGAGGCUGAAGCGGGGAAAACAGGUGGUCUCAUGAAUAUGUCCCGGGUGCUGUCUGCCCGUUGCUCCCGAAUUAACGAAUUUAUCCUUACUGAACUUGAGGCCUUAGAGACAGAUGGGUCAGAUGCGAUUGAGGUUACUAAAAUCUUGGAAAGCAUCCAAGAAAAUCUAGUUCCGCAAUUCUCAGAGGCUGCAAGGGAGUUUUGUCGUCACCUCCGGGCACGAAAUGCAUCGCUGAAUUUUGAGAGCCUUCGCCACAUUGGUGAGGCCAUUCAGGGUGCAUUUGCCGAUAUCAGGCGCAUUUUGGGGACAAUGUCUUUACACAGAAAAGAUCAUCACCAGGAGCUUGCAAAAACCUGCUUUAACUUACAAUCUCCUCAGUCAGAUAAACUGCGUCCUUCUCGAUCAGUCGAGUACAACGGAUCAGCGCUUUCGUCCUGCGUCUUCAUCGACCACUUUACCCUACUAGACUCGGUUAAGAGUUCAAGCACUCAGGGGUCGCAGUCGUCACCGCUUCAUCUACUUCGAAACGAGGCGCCCGGGAGUCUUGUCGAUGCGAUCGAUAGAUUCUACGCUGAACGCACGAGUCUUAUGGGACGGAUUGGUGGAUCUAAUAGCAAUGAAAUUGAUGGAGUAAUUUCACUAUCUCGAAGCAUUUGCUCUCGCCUUACAGACAUAAUCGAUCACUUGGAAAAUGGCGGAAGGGGAUCUAUCAUGACUCACACCGAACUCGUCCAGGUAGCUCGUGAGGUCUCGCAAAUUGCGGCCGAAAUAAAUGGGUUUAUCGAAGAAAUUGCACGCAGCUCCUCUGAUCCUAGUAAUAAGAUGGAUCUACUUGAUUCUGCGAGAAACAUAACCUUCUGCUCUCACGAGCUGGCCAGUGCGAGUCGUGUCAAGAAGAACAUGGAUGCAAAAACUGACAUAUUUUUCCUUGAUAACGCCAUCUCUUUAGUCUAUUCGGCGAGCAGCUUGAUGUCUGCUAUCACGCAGGCCAUUGACGGGGCUCAACUCGCCUCAGACCAAAUGCCACUUCACCCUAUCGCCGCCGAUCCGGCAGUCACGCCUCGUCACAUCGCCCGCGGCAUCCGUGACACUGCUCCAUCCACAUUCGUCGUUAAAGUUGACCGAGCGUUUAACUUUACUUCUUAA